AUGCCCACCCCGGAAUCCGCCGCCUUCCUCGCCAAAAAACCCACCGUGCCUCCGACGUACGAGGGCGUCGACUUCGAAGACACCGUCGCGGUACACAAUGCCCGCGAUGCGAUUAUCCGGGAGCAAUGGGUGCGCAGCAUGAUGUCGAGACUUGUCGGGGAGGAACUGGGCAAGUGCUAUGCGCGCGAGGGAGUCAAUCAUUUGGAGAAGUGUGGAAAGUUGAGGGAAAAGUACUUUGAACUCCUGGGAGAACGCAAAGUCAAGGGUUACCUGUUCGAGGAGAAGAACUACUUCUCAAAGUCGACGUAG